AUGGAUGUGCCAGAACUCGCCUGUCCUACCUCGCCUGCCAGGGACCAGCCGGCACCUGCUUCUGCCCCACCAGGGGCCCCAGGUGGGCAAGCAUCGCCUCACUUGACCCUGGGCCCCGUCAUCCUGCCUCGGGAGCAGGGCUUGGCCCCCACCGUGUUCCUGAAGGCCCUGCCCAUCCCGCUGUACCACACAGUGCCUCCCGGAGGGCUCCAGCCGCGUGCUCCGCUCGUGACAGGCAGUCUGGACGGGGGCAGCCUGCCCUUCGUUCUCAGCCCCCUGCUGCAGCCUGAAGGGCCCAGUCCCACCCGAGCAGGGAAGCCGGUGGCCCCGGGGCUCACGGUGAACAUCGUGGGCCCUCUGCCCAUCCUGUCACCAGGCCUGGGGCCCGCUCUGGGCAGCCCAGGCAAGGUGCGCAACGCUGGCAGGUACCUGUGCCCACACUGCGGCCGGGACUGCCUGAAGCCCAGCGUUCUGGAGAAGCACAUUCGGUCCCACACCGGGGAGCGGCCCUUCCCCUGCGCCACCUGCGGCAUUGCCUUUAAGACCCAGAGCAACUUAUACAAGCACAGACGGACCCAGACCCACCUCAACAACUCCAGACUCUCCUCGGAGUCCGACGGUGGGGGGAGCAGCCUCCUAGAGGAAAGCGAAAAGGCCGCUGAGCCUACGGGGGCCGACCGGGCGCGAUCACAAAGACCUCUUUCUCCCGGCACCCACGCCGCUGGGCACUGCCCGGUGCCCACCACGCAUGUGUCUCUGGUUGCCAAGAACCUGGAUCGGAAGUUGGACGCUGUUGCCUGCCGGGGGUCCACGUUUGAUAUCAAGGAGGCCCCUGUAGACUCUGCUCCCGGGCUCCCGCUGGCCAGCCCGCAGUCGAGGUGGAAGCUGCCAGAGCCUCGGUCCCCGACGGCCAGUAGGCCGAGCUCAGCGCUGCAGCAACAGCAGGUGGAGAAGCCUGGAGACGCCAAGCCAUCGGAGGGCCGGCUGCGGAAGUGCGAGAGCACCGACUCGGGCUACCUGUCCCGUUCGGACAGCGCUGAGCAGCCGCCGGCCGCCGGCAGCCCCCUGCACAGCCUGUCGGAGCAUAGCAACGAGUCCGAGGGCGAGGGCGGCCCUGGGCCAGGGCGCGCGGAGCGGGUGGCCGGUCUGGAGCUGGAGAAGAGGCGGCUGGAGGAACGCAUUGCCAGGCUCAUCUCGCACAACCAGGCUGUGGUGGACGACCCCCAGCUGGCCCACGUGCGGCCCCGCAAGACGGUACUGUCCAAGCAGGGCAGCAUUGACCUGCCCAUGCCUUAUACCUACAAGGACUCCUUCCACUUCGAUCUGCGGCCGCCGGGACCUGGGAGGCUGCCGGCCGCCUUGCGUGCCGCGCGCUCCACCUGCACGCCCCCAGACAGGGCGCGCCCCCUCUUCUUCCACUCGGUCCCCACGCAGCUCUCCACUGGCACCGAUUGCGUGCCAGUCACCAGGAGCAACUCACUGCCCUUCGUCGAGGGCACCGGGACGUGGCCGGAGCCGCUGGAACCUCGGGACGCCUGGCCCCAGAGGCAGAAACCUCUGAGCCACAAGCCCACCCCCACCCGCCCAGCCGAUGCCCCAGGCGGGCACCCUCGGGCCCUGGUCAGACAGGCAGCAGUCGAGGACCUGCCAUGCCCCCUGACCGCAGAUGCCCUGGCUCCCGUGGAGGACCCAGAGGGAAAGAGACCAGCUGCUGAGGCAGUGUCUGCCAGCAAGGGCCAGGGAGCUGCUAAGAAACGCGGCCAGAGGAAGCUGAAGAUGUUCUCACAGGAGAAGUGGCAAGUGUAUGGGAAGGACACGUUCAAGAGCAUCUACCAGAGAGCAAAAGCCAGCCACCGUGGAGGCAGAAAGGCUACCGAGGUGACAGUGGGCGGUGGGGUCGCGCUGGAGCGUCCUCUCCAGCAAGAGGCCACGGGUGGUGGAGACACUGUUGUGGGGACCAAGCCAGGGCCGUGGGCAAGUCCGCCAGUCCUGGCAGGCCUCUUGGUGACUGAGCCCCACAAGCAGGGGGAGACAGUGGCCGGAACAGGAGGCCCUGACCAGCUGGGCUCUAACAGGGCCGCCUCACCCCCCGCCCUCAGCAGUGGAGAAGCCCUCGGUUUAGGCAGCAAGAGCCCUCUGCUUCCUCCACAUGAGGGCCCAGAGCUGGAGUGUCAGCAGCUCCCAGCACCUGGUCCCCCCAAAGGGGGUGAUCUAGAGGCUCUCAGGCCAGACUCCAAGCUGGAAGGUGGCACCUGCAGUGGUGAGGGCACCACAGAAACCUGUCAGCAGGCCCAUGUGGUCCCGAGAGGGCCUGGUGGGAGCUCAGGAGAGUCCAAGCCCCUGGACGACAAGCUCCCCUCAGAGAGGAAGAAGCUGAAGGUGGAGGAGCUAAGCUGCCAGGAGCUCCUGGGAGCAGGAGGAGAGACUCCUGGUGGCCCCAUGCAGACUGCCUCACUACCACCUCAGAACCAGGACAUUAACCCUGGGGAAAAGCCAGGGGGGCUGCCUGGAAGUGGCAACUGCAUAGAGAGGGUCAUGUCUAGAGCCCUGAGGUGGGAGGGUUCUCAAGACAUGCAGCCUCCACCACGUCCCCCUGGGUGUCCCUCCCAGCUGGCCUCCCACCCUCCAGCUCCUCACACCCUCACUGGCCCGGUGGACAUAGCCUUUCCUCCCCAGUACCUCCUCAGGUUUCCCCAGCGAGACACCCGCCCCCUGUCGCCUGUCCCCCAGAAGCUGGACCAAGGCCAGGACUCUAUCUGCAAGAGAGGGGGGCCUGAGGUACAGACAUCCUUUGCUGAGUCAGGGCAGGGGGCCCUCCUGCCUCCCUGUCCUGUCUCAGGCCAGGCCCCAGCUGGAGAAGACAGCUGCUGGGAACACCCCAGCUGGUCCAGGUCAUGGGACCAGAGAAAGGGGGUACAGGGAGAGGAGAGGGGCAGCUUGAAUGCUGGUAUACCAACAGCCAGCGCCCUCAAAGGGUCAGCCUCCUUCUUGCCUGCCCCAACGUGCAAACCCUGGAGGAGUGGGACCCAUGACACCCUAGAAACCUCCAGGAGCAGCACUGUGGCGAGGGCUGGGCCCUCUGGGGGUGUCCUCAAUUCCUGGGAGCCCACUGGGGAGCUGCGGGUGCCUUCUGAGAGUGCCACUCAAGCCCCUCCUUCGAGGUCUCCACCAGAGCUUAGCCCCUGCUGCUCCCACCAGGCUGGCUCCUGUCUCUCGGCCAGCACGGCUCCCCACUGGCCUGAGUUGGCCUUGCACACCAAUGCAGAGCCUGCCCAGAGCCGUGGGGUCCAGGGCUCUUUUCCAUCACUGAGAGCCGAGCCCCGGCUCACGUGGUGUUGCCUGAGCCGCAGCCUCCCCCUGCCGAUGGAACAGAAGGAGAAGGAUGCUUCUGUGUACCUGGGCUUACAUUUGCCUGGAGGUAGCCUCCAGGGUGAGGGUCCGGACGCCUGGCUGGUGAGCAAAACAGUGUCUGGAGCAUGGACCAGGAUACGCCCUGGAGAUGGAGGGCAGAUGCAAAUAUCGAAGCUCUCUGACCCAACAGCCCAAGGGAUGCUGUCCUGGGACCGGGUGUCUGAGCCAGAGUGGAAGAAACGACGGUCUCGUAGAAGAGCGAAGAUACCUCGUGGGAGCAGCAGGUGGAAACAUCUGAGCACCCACUCUAAAAGGUACAGAGGGAAUGUUCUGCCGAGUCGUGUCCAGCUGAGAGUCACUAGACUGCGGAAGCCACACUGGGGUCUGAGAAAAGAUGGCCACCCACCCCGAGCCAAGGGCCUGGACUCCUGCAGGACCGGAGGGCAAGCUUCUUCAGAAAUGGCAGGUGUGACUCCGUCAGGGGAGCCCUCCUGUGUCACCUCAGGAUCAUCUGUUUGCCCUGAGAACAGACAGCAGGAGGAAGAGGAGAGCGGACACGUCUCCCGGAGUUUCUGUCCUAACACAAGCUUAAGCACCAUCGGGGACACGGACAGACCGAUCGCAAAGGAGAUUUCAUCUGCUGGUGAGCAUGGGGCUGGUUGUCCUCUAAUCACAGCUGUGGGGUCAGGUUUAUCUCUGCCAUCUGACUCCUUGGGGGCUAAUGACAGACUUCCAGCACGCAGCAAAAGUCUCGACGUGGGAUCAUUGGAGACUCACCUGCUGCCCUCUCAGCAGCACAUCUCAACAGACCCCACACCAUGCGUUUUCUCAGAUGCUCAAGAGCCUUCUACCUUUGUGUCCAAAGGAACCUCUCUCGGCCAUGACCUUGCUACCUCUGCAGCUGCCGUCUGUCCUUCCCUGGGGGCAAGAGCAGGCCACACAACCCUGGGAAUUCACAGUGUGGAACUGCAAGACCACAGCCAGGGUGAAGAGGAGACUCUCACACAAAGUUCUCCAGACAGAAAAAUGAUAGCAGAGGGUGUGUCCCCAAACCUUUUGCCAGGGAAGCCUUCAUCUGGGCAGAGAAUUUCAGGUUCAGUUACACCAGGGUCCAUUGGAAAAAUUCAUCUUGAAAUACCAGCUUUAGGACCAGGUUCAGCUAGUUCACACCAAGAGGAAGGGAAACACAAGUCAUGUUUUCCUUCUGGGGGGCAAUGUGGGUGUAGGGAAGGGCUGGUCCCCUGCCCUCUGGUAGGACCGGACAGUGUGAAAUGUCAAGAAACAGGAUUCGUGGCUCUAAAGGAUGAUGCCAUCCCUUCUAACCCAGGGCUGCCCACGGAGAUCCCUGCAGCCUCUUUGAAAACCCUCAGGAAGAGAAGUUUGGAAGGAAUGAGAAAGCAAACUCGUGUGGAGUCCAGCGACACCAGCAGCGAUGAUGAAGAUCGGUUAGUUAUAGAAAUCUGA